CUUUACAAUACACAGUUACUUGAAUUUGUAGCUUCACAUUUCAUUGAGUUAUUCAAAGCGGAACUGCAACGUUCAGCGGUGCUUGAAAGUUUGUGAACUGUUUAAUUUUCUAUAUUUCUGCUUAAAUUAAAAAAUUUCAUUACAAACUUCAUUUUCACACCAAAUUAAACCAACCAAAUGAAUCAUAUAAGACAAAACAUAUUAGACUUGACCAUGUAUUAAUUGAGGGAAAUGAUCCAGUGCUACAGGUCGGGUAAAUGGCAAAAGUUUGUGAACCUUUAGGAUUGGCAGAUAAUUUGAAGGUGAAAUUGAAGUCAGGUGUUUUCAAUAAAUGGGAUGGCAAUCAGGUGUGACUGCUCUGUUUAAAGAACAGGGAUCUUUCACAAUCUGAUCUUCACAACACAUUUGUGGAAGUGUAUCAUGGUACGAACAAAGGCGAUUUCUCUGGACAUCAGAAGAAGAGUUGUUGAUGCUCAUCAGGCAAGAACAGGUUACAAAACCAUCUCUAAAGAGUUUGGACUCCACCAAUCCACAGUCGGACAGGUUGUGUAAAAACCUUGUCCCAUUUGUGAAGCACAGUGGUGGUAGUAUCAAGGUUUGGCCUGUUUUACUGUGUCUGGGCCAGGACGGUUUGCCAUCAUCAAUGAUGUAAUAAACUCUGAAUUAUACCAGCAAAUGUUACAGGAAAAUGUCAGGACAUCUGUCCGUGAGCUGAAACUCAAGAGAAAGUGGGUCAAGCAGCAAGACGACGAUUCCAAGCACACAAGUCGUUCUACCAAAGAAUGGCUAAAGAAGAAUGAAGUUAAUGUUUUGGAGCUAAAGUCCUGACCUUAAUCCUGAAGAGGUGCUGUGGACGGACCGCAGGCAGCAGUUUAUGACGGGAAACCCACAAACAUCACAGAGUGGAAGCUGUUUUGUAUCCACCAAGCUGAUGUGCAGGACUGAUGAACAGUUACUGCUGCACAAGCAGGUCACGCCAGACACUGAGAGCAAAGGUUCAGUUGCUUUUGCCCCUCACAGAUCUGUAAGAUUGGAUAGUUUUCCAUUUGUUUAAUUUGGUUCUCUUUAUUUACUGUUAGGACGUGUGUGAGAUACAGAAACCUAGACAUUUCUUAAAGGGUCACAAACCUUCAAGCACUACUGUAUAUUCUCCAUUGAGCUAUUCAUGUUUUUAUUUACUUAUUAUUCCUGGGUGCAGAUUGUUGUUAUCUCACAGUUUCUGUUGGUCUUGUAACCUGUCCUAUCCUAUUGUGCUCCAGCCCCUGUGCCAAUGUGACUGCUAUUUUGUUCCUUUUCAGCUUAUUUGUGGUGUACAAGUGUGACGUGUAAUGCUAAAGCUAAUUCUAAGCGCUCACACCUGGUUUGGUACUCUUGCUUCUGAACCUGCCCCUGCUUCCACGGCUGCCCCCGUAGAACCCACACCUGCUGUCUCUGAGGUCCCUGCACAUGCCCCCUACCUCCUGAUUGGUGGAGGCACGGCUUCUUUUGCAGCUGCUAGGUCCAUUCGUGCCCGCGACCCGGGCGCCAGGGUGCUGAUAGUUACUGAUGAAGCAGACCUGCCAUACAUGAGGCCUCCUCUCUCUAAAGAGCUUUGGUUCUCUGAUGAUCCCGCCGUCACAGAAACGCUACGCUUCAAGCAGUGGAAUGGCAAGGAGAGGAGUAUUUAUUUCCAGCCUUCCUCGUUCUAUGUGAGCCCCAUGGAGCUGGAAUCGGUGGAGAAUGGAGGCGUGGCUGUGCUGACUGGCAAGAAGGUGGUGCAUAUGGAUGUCAGGGGUAAUAAGGUUAAGCUGAGUGACGGUGCAGAGAUCUCCUAUGACAAGUGCCUCAUCGCCACAGGUGGCAUCCCGAGGAAUCUUCAGGUCAUUGAGAGAGCCAGUGAGGAAGUUGCGAAGAGAACAACGCUGUUCAGAAAGAUUGAGGAUUUCAAGGCGCUGGAGAAAGUAUCACACGAGCUGAAGUCCAUCACCAUCAUCGGGGGAGGCUUUCUGGGCAGUGAGCUGGCCUGCGCCCUGGGCAGAAGAUCUGCUGAUCUGGGCCUGGAGGUGGUCCAGAUGUUUCCAGAGAGAGGGAACAUGGGCAAGGUUCUACCUGAAUACCUGAGCAACUGGACCACAGAGAAAGUCAAGAAAGAGGGCGUGAAGGUGCUGGCAGAGGCUGUGGUGAAGAACGUCAGCUAUAAGGACGGACAACUGGAGAUCAAGCUGAAGGACGGCCGAGCGGUGAAGACGGACCACAUCGUGGCAGCGGUGGGUUUGGAGCCCAGUGUUGAGCUGGCCAAAUCGGCCGGGCUGGAGAUCGACUCUGAUUUCGGGGGAUUUCGGGUCAACGCUGAGCUGCAGGCGCGCUCCAACAUCUGGGUGGCAGGAGAUGCAGCGUGUUUCUAUGACAUCAAGCUGGGCCGGAGGAGGGUGGAGCAUCACGAUCAUGCGGUAGUCAGUGGCAGACUAGCCGGAGAAAACAUGACCGGGGCCAGAAAACCCUACUGGCACCAGUCCAUGUUCUGGAGUGAUCUCGGUCCUGAUGUGGGAUACGAGGCUAUUGGAAUAGUGGACAGUAGUCUCCCAACUGUAGGAGUGUUCGCCAAAGCUACUGCCAAGGACACACCCAGGGCAGCGACUGAGCAAUCAGGAACGGGUAUCCGGUCAGAGAGUGAAACGGAGGCGGUUGCCGGGCCGAUUGCCGGGCCGAUUGCCGUGGGAACAGCCCCUGCCCCUCCCCCACAGCAGAAGGAGGACUACGGGAAAGGAGUGAUUUUCUACUUGAGGGAUAAAGUGGUGGUGGGCAUCGUGCUGUGGAAUGUCUUCAACAGAAUGCCCAUUGCCAGGAAGAUCAUUAAAGACGGAGAGGAGCACGCUGAUCUCAACGAGGUGGCCAAGCUGUUCAACAUCCAUGAAGACUAGAACUCAGACGCUGGCUGGUUCCAACAUGCCGUCCCUCCACUUUGGCCUUGAACUCUCUCAGAGCUGCUGUUCUGCUUCCAGCCCUGAUGGGGGCACUGCAGCCACAGUGUGCUCAUGGACCCGUCAAUUCAGUACUGUUCACUGUCUGCUAAGGGGGGAAACCCCUACCUGUCGUUUGUAUGGAAGCGUUCUAUACUUGUUUUCUACUGAGGUCAGUAAAUGUACAUUUAAAUGAGAACCGUGAAUAAUUAGAACUUCCCUAGAGCCACACCCACAACCCGCACCCCUCUCUGUGUGUAGUAGUGAAGCGUUAAAGCCCCAAUCAGGAGCUGCUUCGUCAGCCACUCGGCCCCCACAGGACUGUCUCACGGUUGAACGACGUCUGUGUUUGAAUGUGGUGUAUAAAGGCCUCCGUCGUCGUCCUCGGAGCUGUAAUAUCAGUUUAAUUGGGGCUUUAAAAACCUGCACAGAUUCCUUCCUCGUCCUGCCGGAGCCCAACUGUCCCUCUGUUUGCAAGACUGAAAUAGCUGGAGAAAAAAAAAAAGGUUAAAUAAAUUAUUUUUAAACGUUCAGAACAAC